AUGGCAUUUCUUAAAAAUAUGAAGGAGCAUGCAUUAGACCACAAAAAAAUCAUAUUAUACAAACUUUUAAAUGCAAGUGCUAUUCCAGAGGGACAGUUCAUCGACAGCAAGAAGGCUUCUGAGAAACUUCUUGCCUCUAUUGAUAUUGAUCACACCCAGUAUAAAUUUGGACAUACAAAGGUUUUCUUCAAAGCUGGCCUUCUGGGUCUCCUGGAAGAAAUGAGAGAUGAAAAGUUGGCCCAGAUUAUAACAAGAACUCAAGCCGUCUGUAGGGGAUUCCUAAUGAGGGUAGAAUAUCAGAAGAUGUUGCAAAGGAGAGAAGCCCUCUUCUGCAUCCAGUAUAAUGUACGAGCCUUCAUGAACGUCAAGCACUGGCCCUGGAUGAAACUGUUCUUCAAGAUCAAGCCGCUCCUCAAGAGCGCGGAGACUGAGAAGGAGAUGGCCACCAUGAAGGAGGAGUUUCAGAAAACCAAAGACGAACUCGCCAAGUCAGAGGCAAAAAGGAAGGAACUGGAGGAGAAAAUGGUCACUCUCUUGAAAGAAAAAAAUGACCUGCAACUCCAGGUUCAAUCAGAAGCUGACGCCCUGGCUGAUGCAGAGGAAAGGUGUGAGCAACUAAUUAAAAACAAAAUCCAGCUGGAGGCCAAAAUCAAGGAGGUGACUGAGAGAGCUGAGGAUGAGGAAGAGAUCAACGCUGA